AGCCAGCAGAUGGCGAUGGGCGUCUUUCAGGUGAUGCUUCAUGCGUGACGUAUAAUGGACUGGACGGGACGCUUCUUCAGGAACAACAACACGGCUACUCUUUCAACCACCUCGGUAGCUUGCUAGCCAACAUGAAAAUAAUAGAUUGACGCUUUACACCGUGUUUGUGUACAUUAGCUAAUCUCAGUGUUUUAAACACAUUUCUGUUGACUUAUCAACUGAUGACCUUUAACCUAAUGUGCUUGUUCAAUUUGCAAACGUGUUAAAGAUUGAUACUGAGGUUAGCACUAGGCUAGUCGCUAAUGCUAACUAGCUAACAUCCCUGACCAUGAGCUCACUGAACUACUCCUCCCCUGCUAAAGAAGAGGUGGUCUGCUGGACGGAGAAAGAAGCUCUGGGACUGAACAUUGUCGUGGAAGAGGAGGCUGUUACAGUGAAAGAAGAGGAGGCUGUUACAGUGAAAGAAGAGGAGGCUGUUGUAGUGAAAGAAGAGGAGGCUGUUGUAGUGAAAGAAGAGGAGGCUGUUAUAGUGAAAGAAGAGGAGGCUGUUCCAGUGAAAGAAGAGAUAGCAUCCUCUUCCUCUCUAAAAGGUUCUGUCUCAAUAAAGGUGAAAGAGGAGGAUACAGAAUAUCAGAUUAAUACCAGAGAGAGACAUGACUAUGGUGGAUCCUCUGGGGAGCCUCAACAACAUCCUGAUGCUGACGAGGCAGGGAAGAGUCUCUCCAGAUCAGAACACCAGAUGGACAACGCUAGCCCUUCCUCCCUCCUGGAGUCUCCUUGUUGUGCCUCUCCCGGUGGCACCUUACUGCUGGGUAUGAAGAGGUUGUCUGUGCUGCUGGUGGACUGCAGGAAAACAACGGGGCUGAGUGGAACUGUGAGAGAAGGAGAAGAUAAGAAAGGAUCAGAUUUAGCUCAUCAAAGAGGAAAACCAAACUUGGAGGAACCAAAGACGUCCAAACCAGCAAGACGACACCUCUGCUCCCAGAUUGGAAAGAGUUUUACCAAGUUAGAAAGCCUGAAAAGACAUAAGCGGACACACACAGGAGCGAAGCCACACCAUUGCUCCCAGUGUGGAAAGAGUUUCAAAUUGCUACGAACCCUUAAAGGUCAUGAGCGAAUACAUACAGGGGAGAAGCCAUACCACUGCACCCAGUGUGCAAAGCGUUUUACCCAUUUAGGAAGCCUGAAAGCUCAUGAGCGAAUACACACAGGGGAGAAGCCUUACCGCUGCUCCCAGUGUGGAAAGAGUUUUACUCAGUUAGGAAACCUGAAAGCUCAUGAGCGAGUACACACAGGUGAGAAACCUUACAAAUGCUUAGAUUGUGGGAAGAUAUAUUACUCAUCACAGUCACUUAAAAGUCACGAGAGAGUCCACACAGGGGAGAAGCCUUACCACUGCUCCCAGUGCACAAAGCAUUUUACCCAUUUACGAUGCCUGAAAGUUCAUGAGCGAAUACACACAGGAGAGAAGCCUUACUGCUGCUCCCAGUGUGGAAAGCGUUUUACCCAGUUAGGAAACCUGAAAGCUCAUGAGCGAAUACACACCGGGGAGAAGCCCUACCACUGCUCCCACUGUGGAAAGAGAUUUAACCAUUCAGGAAAGCUGAAAGAACACAUGAAACUGCACACAGAGGUGUGCAGACAACAGAUGGUGUUUAUGGUGGAGAGGACUGUGGACUCAGUGGAGGACAUCCCAGCCACUUGGCAGUGUUGGCUAAUCGCCCGGAGCAUGAGCUCACUAAUCUCGACGGAGAAAGAAGCUCUGAUGAAAGGAGAGGAAGAAGCUUUCAGGAUGAUAAAGGAGGAAGAGGAGGCUAUCACAUUGAAAGAAGAAGAGGAUGUUAUUACAGUGAAAGAGGAAGAUGGGAAAGAGGUUGUCAGAGUAGGAGAGGAGGAGAGAGACAUGACUAUUGUGGAUCCUCUAGGGAGCCUCAACAACAUCCUGAUCCUGCUGACGAGGAAGAGAAGAGACAACGCUAGCCCUUCCUCCCUCCCGGAGUCCCUGUGUCAUGCCUCUCCCGGUAGCACCUUACUGCUGGGUAUGAAGAUGUUGUCUGUGCUGCUUGUGGACUGCAGGAAAACAACGGGGCUGAAUGGAACUUCGCUAAUUCUAACAUCCCGGACCAUGAGUUCACUAAACUACUCCUCCCUUGCUAAAGAAGAGGUCUGCUGUCUGCAGAAUGAAGCUUUGGGGCUGAACAUUGUCGUGAAAGAAGAAGAUGAUGUUAUUGAGGAAGAACAUUUUAGAGAGGAAGAGGAUGCUAUCGCAGAAGAGGUGAAGAAGGAAGACGUUUUGAGUGUGAAAGAGGAGGAGACAGCAUAUCUGAUUAACACCAGAGAGAGACAUGACUAUUAUGGAUCCUCUGGGGAGCCUCAACAACAUCCUGAUGCUGACGAGGCAGAGAAGAGUCUCUCCAGAUCAGAUCACCAGAUGGACAACGCUAGCCCUUCCUCUCUCCCGGAGUCCCCAUGUCGUGUCUCUCCCGGUAGCAACUUACUGCUGGGUAUGAAGAGGCUGUUUGUGCUGCUGGUGGACUGCAGGAAAACAACGGGGCUGAGUGGAACUGUGAGAGGUGGAGAAGAGAAGAAAGCAUCAGAUUUGACUCAUCUAAGAGAAAGACCAGACUCAGAGGAACCAGAGCCAGGGACGUCCAAAUCAGCAAGAAGACACCAGUGUUCCCAGUGUGGAAAGCGUUUUAAUGAUUUGGGGAAGCUGGAACGACACGAGAGAAUACACAGAGGGGAGAAGCCUUACCACUGCUCCCAGUGUGGAAAGGGUUGUAACGAUUUGGGGAAGCUGAAACUACAUGAGAGAAUACACACAGGGGAGAAGCCUUACCACUGUUCCCAGUGUGGAAAGAGUUUUAGCCAGGCAGGUAACAUGAAAAUACACGAGAGAAUACACACAGGGGAGAAACCUUACCGCUGCUCUCAGUGUGGCAAGUGUUUUAUCCUGUUAGGGGCCCUGAAGCAACACGAGAUAAUACACACUGGGGAGAAGCCUUACCACUGCUCCAAGUGUGGGAAGAGUUUUAAUCGGUUACACGCCCUCAAAUAUCAUGAGCGUAUACAUACAGGGCAGAAACCGUACCACUGCUCCCAGUGUGGAAAGACGUUUAACCAUUUAGGGGAAUUCAAAAAUCAUGAGAGAAUACACACAGGAGAGAGACCUUACCACUGCUCUCAGUGUGGCAAGUGUUUUAACCUAAUAAGGUCCCUGAAACAUCACGAGAGAAUACACACAGGGGAGAAGCCUUACCACUGCUCCCAGUGUGGGAAGAGUUUUAACCAGUUAGGGAGCCUGAAAAGACACGAGAGAAUACACACAGGGGAGAAGCCUUACCACUGCUCCCAGUGUGGAAAGUGCUUCAACCAGUCAGGGGAUCUGAAAAAACAUGAGAGAAAACACACAGGGGUGUUGCCAGUGUGAAAAAAGAUUUAAACAGAAAGGUUUCUUGGAGAAAAAAUGAGAGAAUACACACAGGGUAGAAGUUUUACAAAUUCUCAGACUGUGGGAAGACAUAUUUCUCAUCACAGUCACUUAAAAGUCACGUGAGAAUCCACACAGGACAGAAUAAUUACUUCUCCCAGUGUGAAUAUUGAUAUUUUACAUCACAUUGACUUAAAAUUCAUCAGAGAACAUACACAGUGCUCCAAUUGUCUUAUAUUGUUGACUGAGAAUGUGUUUACCUGUUUUUACCAGAUGAAAUUGAAUUGUACAAAGUAUUCUUAAACAUAUAUUUGUGUGUUUUUAUUAGAAAAUAUGAAUUGAAUAUGGAUCAUGUCAGUUUGAAUAUAGAGUAGAUCAGGUUCCAUGUGUUUAAAUGGUCCUUUUUUAAACUCUGUGUGUUUAUCUGGGGAUGUCAUUCCUCCAGCACUACAGAUAAUACAGGGAUAUUUGGAUGUGAUGCAUUUGCUCCAUUGUUUACAUUUUCAUUGUGGCCCACUGAUGAUUUAAUGACGUUAAAAUGUUCACAGUGUCUGUAAUGCAAAAUGUUAAUUGUAUGUGUCCACAUAUCUGAGUAUGUGACUAACCAUGUGAAACUGUCCUAUUAUAAUCUCCUGUUCCUGGGAAUAUCAUCCUGUGUUGCAGACCAGCUGCACCUGUGCCCUUGUAUGAAUAAUGUCCCUCCCAGGAACAGGAAACGGUAAAGAUAUGUGCUCAUCACCCAAUGCUUCAGAAUUCAGACUGUCUACACUGCGCUGUGUAACUCUGUUAUUCUCUCUGAGCUCAGAAAUAAAGAAUCUUGGUUUGACUUGUACUCCAGCAGAUCCUUAUUUUAUAAUAUCCACCACAACUCUCCCACGGAUUGCUGUUUAUCAUUGUCUCAAUGAAGAGUUCUUUGUUUUAUUUUCCUGGGGUCAUUUACAAGCCUCCCACUGUAUGAAUAAAUGUUGUUUCCAUGUAAUUUCAACUAAAUAAAUCCAUGUGAUGUUUGA